CAGGCCGGAAGCACUUGCGGCCGCUUCCGGGCCUCCGGGCCUCUGGGGCUCGUGGUUUCUUCGGAGAUGUCUUGGGUUCGAGGGGUUCCCGAGGUCCCGAGCCCUGGAGAUCAGGAUGUGUUUGAUGAGGAAGCGGACGAGACUCUGUUAGUGCAGCGUGAAUGGCAGGGACACAUGCGGAGACGAAUCCAAAUGUUUUUCACUGGGUGGAGAGUCCGAAGUGAGGCGUGGCGUUACUACGGCUUGGAAAAGGUGAACCUAAGAAUGUUGUCACCGCACGGGCAGGAAGGUUACAGAGAUGGAGUAGAUGCCGGCAAAGCAGUUACUCUUCAACAGGGCUUCAAUCAAGGAUAUAAAGAAGGGGCAGAAGUCAUUGUAAACUAUGGACUACUCAGGGGAACACUGAGUGCUUUGCUCUCCUGGUGUCACCUUCGCGGUAGUAGUUCGACUUUGAUCAGUAAAAUAAAUAAUCUUCUGGAUGCAGUCGGCCAGUGUGAAGAGUGUGUGCUUAAACGUCUGCAGUCAGUCACUCCACAGCCCCAAGUUACAGAUUUAUUGGACUCCAUUGAGGAUAUGGACCUUUGUCAUGUAGCUCCAGCUGAGAAAAAGAUUGAUGAAGCUAAAGAUGAAACACUCUGUGAAAAUAGUGCUGAGUUUAACAAAAACUCUGACAAGAGUCCUAGCGGGAAAGAUUGUUCCCCUUCAGACUGUUGCAGAACACAGGAGCACGCACAUAUGGAAAAACCAAGCCUCAGUUGGAUUCUGGAACAGACGGCCAACUUAGUGAAACAGUUGGGACUAUCGGUAGACGUGCUGCAACACCUCAGACAACUCUAAGAUUGUCUCCCUUCUGUAGUGGGAGGAAGUUCAUCAGAGCGAUGUGUGUCUACAUAAGAUGACCAUUGGUUGAACAGCUCACCUCUAGUUACCCCUGUGGGAUUAUGAGGGGUCUUCAGUGUUAACACUAGUAAAUGGAACAUAAGUCAUUAUCUUUGUUAUUGGUAAUUUUUUAAAUUUUUAGAUAUAUUCAAAAAUCCUCAUUGUCAUUUUCAAAUUUCUAAGACUAGCAAAACCCAAGAACAAGGGGAAAAAAUCCAAUGCUGCUUUCUACUUCUGUAUCGGGUGACAGUUCAGGGCCUCGUCACCAGCAACCCAACCAAAGUUGCCAAAAUAACCUAAAGGUUACCUAGAUAUAUAGAAGUAGAUGUGUAGUUAGCUAUACAGUAAAGUCAAGAGACCAGAGAAACUGACACUAUUGUUAUCAUUGAAUGAAUAAUCAAAAUAUUAAAAUUUACCUUGUUUACAUUUUG